AUGGCGGACAGCAUCCCAAAACCGAUCAUCUUCGUAGUGGCUACGGCCAUAGAAUCGGUGCUGAUCACGCUCGCCGUGCCUCAAUACCUUCCUGCACAUCCACUACUCUAUGUUUUUUGGCGACUUUUCGCCUUGCAAUUCACCGUCUAUUCAAUCUACGUGUUGUCCAUCUACCCGCGAUUCAUUUCGCCGUUGCGGCAUCUUCCUGGACCUACCACAGGAGCAAAACCGCUCAUUGGCCAUGGCCUCGCUCUCUCGAAAUUGCCGCGUGGAAGUGUCUUCCUGGAUUGGAUGAAAACAAUCCCCAACGACGGUCUGCUUCGGUUCCGCGGCCUUUUCAACGUGAACAGUCUGGUCAUCACGGAUCCUAAAGGGUUAGCUGAAGUUUUGGUCACCCGGACCUACGACUUUGAAAAACCGGUGCAACUCCGCAACUUUCUGCGCAGGAUCAUCGGUGACGGCCUGAUCAUUGUCGAGGGCGAUGUCCAUCGUUUCCAGCGAAAGCACGCCAUGCCUGCUUUCAGCUUCCGACAUAUCAAAGACCUUUAUCCCAUUUUCAAUGACAAGUCCAACGCUCUGACCCAGCGCCUUUCUCAAGAGGUAGCAGGCAAACUCCAACCAGGUCAGGACUCUGCAGUCAUUGAGAUAAACCACUGGGCCAAUCUUGUGACCAUGGAUAUCAUCGGCAUGGCGGCAAUGGGCCGCGACUUCCAGAGCCUUCGAAACACGGAUGACCCCCUGAUCAAGCUGUAUGAAGAACUGCUCGAGCCCACUGGAGAAAAACAGCUGUUGUUUGUCGCGAUGGUCUUCAUGCCUGCUCUGACGCGGUUGCUGCCAUGGAAAACCGCCAAGCGUGUCGAUUACAUCACUGAGAAUCUCACCGAUAUCUGUAUCAAGCUUGUCCGCGACAAGAAGGAAGCUAUGAAAACCGAGUCUGCGAAUCACAAAGACAUCCUGUCCCUUCUCAUCCAGAGUAACAAUUUCUCGGACCAGCAACUUGUCGACCAGCUUCUGACAUUCCUAGCCGCCGGCCACGAGACGACCUCUUCAGCAUUCACCUGGACCACAUAUCUGCUGACGCAAAACCCCAAAAUCCUGGCGGCCCUACGCGAAGAAGUCCGCGCCGCUGGUCUGCCAUCGCGCAGUUCACCUACACCCGCCAACGUCGACGUCGCCUCCAUCCUUGAGAGCCUCCCUCUCCUCAACGGAGUCUGCAAUGAGACCCUCCGACUCUUCCCGACCGUCCCAAUGACCUCACGAGUCGCCAACAAAGACUCCCAGGUUCUUGGCGAACACAUCCCAAAGGGAACCCGUCUCGUGCUGUGCAUGUACGCGAUCAACCGACACCCGGACCUCUGGGGCGCCAAUGCCGACGAGUUCGUUCCGGAACGCUGGAUCGAUACGGACCCCUCCACCGGCGAGCGACGCCCGAAUGCCUCCGGCGGCGCGCCGACGAAUUACGCUCUCUUGACCUUCUUGCACGGCCCAAGGAGCUGUAUCGGACAGGGCUUUGCGAAGGCCGAGUUGAGAUGUUUGGUGGCGGCGUUUGUGAAUGCGUUUGAUUUUGAAAUGGCGGAUCCGAAUGAGGAGAUUAUCGUGCAUGGAGUGGUCACGACGAAGCCGAAGAAUGGGAUGAAUUUGAGGUUGAAGUAUAUCGGUGAUCAAUCAUAGAGCAAAUUUGUGACGUUGGGAGUAAGAUUUACAACUAGCGGAGUAAGAUUUACAACUAGCGGAGGAAUGUGAUCAAUUACAUGUAGCCAGAGCGAUAGUAGCUAGAUCUAUUGAUGAAAUUCUUUGAAGUCGAUAUCGUCAAUAAGCGCGAAGAAGUUUAUGUUUCUCUCGUCGCUUCUU